GGAAAGGGCCGAGCUGCCGGCCGGGUUAACCCAGACCGAGAGCGCUUCCGCGACACUCGGCCCUCCAGCGCUGGGGAGAGGCAGAGCAGCGCGGCACCUGUCCGCGCCGGGAGCCGGGACGCGGGCGCGGGCGGCCGGAGCAGAGGGGCGCCGCGGCGGUGCGCGCCAGCCCUCGGCCGGGAGGGGACCCGGAGCACAUGCGGACUGUGUCGGCAUGAGCGACGCUGGUCUCCGAUGUUGGAUAUUUGCUUGGAAAAACGUGUGGGUACGACCUUGGCUGCCCCCAAGUGUAGCUCCAGUGCUGUGAAGGUUCCAGGGUUGGCACAGGGGACCGAGGGGACCAUGAAAAUGGACAUGGAGGACGCGGAUAUGACUCUGUGGACAGAGGCUGAGUUUGAGGAGAAGUGUACCUACAUUGUGAACGACCACCCCUGGGACUCUGGCACCGAAGGAGGCACUUCGGUUCAGGCAGAGGCAUCCUUACCGAGGAAUCUGCUUUUCAAAUAUGCCGCAAACAGCAAAGAGGUUAUUGGAGUGGUGAGUAAAGAAUACAUACCAAAGGGCACACGUUUUGGACCUCUAAUAGGUGAAAUCUACACCAAUGAUACAGUUCCCAAGAACGCCAACAGGAAAUAUUUUUGGCGGAUCUAUUCCAGAGGGGAGCUUCACCACUUCAUCGACGGCUUUAACGAGGAGAAGAGCAACUGGCUGCGCUACGUGAACCCAGCACACUCUGCCCGGGAGCAGAACCUGGCCGCCUGUCAGAACGGCAUGAGCAUCUACUUCUAUACCAUUAAGCCCGUCCCCGCCAACCAGGAGCUUCUUGUGUGGUAUUGCCGGGACUUUGCGGAGAGGCUUCACUACCCUUAUCCUGGAGAGCUGACGAUGAUGAAUCUCACGCAAACCCAGAGCCAUCCAAAGCAGCCGAGCACUGAGAAACACGAACUUUGCCCAAAGACUGUCCCGAAGAGAGAGUACAGCGUGAAAGAAAUCCUAAAACUGGACUCCCACCCCUCCAAAGGGAGGGACUUGUACUGCUCCAACAUUUCACCCCUCACUUCAGAAAAGGACGCGGACGACUUCAGGAGAAACGGGAGCCCCGAGCUGCCCUUCUACCCGCGGGUGGUGUACCCCAUCCGGGCCCCCCUCCCGGAAGACUUUCUGAAAGCGUCCCUGGCCUACGGGAUGGAGCGGCCGCCCUACGUCACGCACUCCCCCAUCCCGUCCUCCACGACGCCCAGCCCCUCGGCGCGCAGCAGCCCGGACCGGAGCCUGCGGAGCUGCAGCCCGCACGGCAGCCCCGGCGCCACGCUGUCGCCGCUGGCCCCCGGCCCCCCGGAGCACCGCGACGCCUACGCCUACCUGAACGCUCCGUACGCCGCCGCCGCCGAGGGCCUGGGCUCCUACCCGGGCUACGCGCCCGCCCCGCACCUGCCCCCCGCCUUCAUCCCCUCCUACAACGCGCACUACCCCAAGUUCCUGCUGCCCCCCUACGGCAUGAACUGCAACGGCCUGGGCGCCGUGGGCAGCCUCAACGGCCUCAACAACUUCGGCCUCUUCCCGAGGCUGUACCCGCUGUACGGCGGCCUCCUGGGCGCCGGCGGCGGCCUGCCUCCCCCGAUGCUGACGCCCGCCUCGCUCCCCAGCUCGCUGCCGUCGGAGGGGGCGCGCCGCCUGCUGCAGCCCGAGCACCCCCGGGAGGUGCUGGUGCCCGCGCCGCACAGCGCCUUCUCCCUGCCCGGCGCGGCCGCCAGCCUGAAGGACAAGGCCUGCAGCCCCACCAGCGGGUCCCCGACGGCCGGCACCGCGGCCACGGCCGAGCACGUGGUGCAGCCCAAAGCUACCUCAGCGGCCGCCGCGGCCCCCGGCGGCGACGAGGCCGUGAAUCUCAUCAAGAACAAAAGGAACAUGACCGGCUACAAGACGCUCCCCUACCCCCUGAAGAAGCAGAACGGCAAGAUCAAGUACGAGUGCAACGUCUGCGCCAAGACUUUCGGCCAGCUCUCCAAUCUGAAGGUCCACCUCAGAGUGCACAGUGGAGAACGGCCUUUCAAAUGCCAGACUUGCAACAAGGGCUUCACUCAGCUCGCCCACCUGCAGAAACACUACCUGGUACACACGGGAGAGAAGCCACACGAAUGCCAGGUUUGCCACAAGCGAUUUAGCAGCACCAGCAAUCUCAAGACCCACCUGCGACUCCACUCGGGAGAGAAACCUUACCAGUGCAAGGUGUGUCCUGCCAAGUUCACCCAGUUUGUGCACCUGAAACUCCACAAGCGCCUGCACACCCGGGAGCGGCCCCACAAGUGCGCCCACUGCCACAAGAGCUACAUCCACCUCUGCAGCCUCAAGGUCCACCUGAAGGGGCACUGUCCUGUGGCCCCGGCCACCGGGCUGCCUCUGGAGGACCUGACCAGAAUCAACGAAGAGAUUGAGAAGUUUGACAUCAGCGACAAUGCCGACCGGUUGGAGGACAUGGAGGACAACGUCGACGUGACCUCUGUGGUGGAGAAGGAGAUUCUGGCUGUGGUUAGAAAAGAGAAAGAAGAAACUGGCCUGAAAGUGUCUUUGCAAAGAAACAUGGGGAAUGGACUGCUCUCAGGGUGUAGCCUCUACGAGUCAACAGACCCGUCCCUCCUGAAGUUGCCUCACAGCAACCCACUACCUCUAGGACCUGUAAAGGUCAAACAAGAAACAGUAGAACCGAUGGAUCCUUAAGAUUUUCAGAAAGCAAAAGGUGUUUUGUCUUGUUUCUUAACUUAUGACUUGGCGGGUCAGGGUGCUGGUAGCAAUGCUUGUACAUAAUUCCAGUUCUGAAAGCUCUCCUGACGGCAAUGGUUUCCCCUCACCUCUCUGGAAUUCAAGAAGGAACCCCAAAGUUACUGAAAUCUCAGGGCAUAAAUGAGGCAAAGACAAUAUAUAUAUACAUAUUAUAUAUACUUAUUUACACCCCCAUCUAUAUAUUUGAACCUGUGUAUUUUGAAUAUUUGUGUGGAUAUGUUUGCAUAGCCUUCCCAUUGCUAAGAUGAUUGCCUAGCCAUAAUUAUUUUUUCAGUGAUAAUCCUUCGUAAUUUAUUAUACAAUUUAUCAUUCAAGAAGCAAUAAUUAAAACAAGUUUACAAUGACUGGAAGAAUUCCUUGUAAUUUGAGUUAAGUGUUAUAUUUUUGUCUGGUGGCCAUUCUUUGUAGAUAAUUUCUGCACAUCUGUUUUAAGUACCUAAGAUUUAGUAAACAAAUACAUUACUUUAGUCAACCUCCCUCUCUAAUAACGGUUUGAAAAUGAGGUUUUGGUGUCUCCACAGUUAUUAGGCAGCUGAUGUUUGCAUUCGCAGGAUUGGAUUAUUUGAACAACAUUGUAUAACUUGGGAGUAUGUGUGCAGAAUUACCCAGUAAUAACUUCAGUAGAAGAAAUACGAAAGAGAAUCUUGUAUGUUUCUGUAGAUAGUUCAGCAUUUCCCCCCUCCAACCACAGAUUUACCAGAAAAGUCACAAGAAGGCUUUGCCAGUCUGUCUCCCUCUCCAAAAAACAGGGUUGCCCCACCCCCAAAGUCAUGUGACCAUUCGGAGUGGCCACAAGACUUCGGCAUCCCAAUGUAUUAUCUGAAAAUGUGAAGAAGACAAAAUGCCAUGUUUAAAACCACUGCAAAACAUUCCCAAAGCACAGGUGGUUUUGUAUGGGUGAGGUCUGGGGGCAUGAGUCCGGGUGUUUUUGUUGUUGGUCUUUUUUGUUGUUAUGUCAAAAUUGCACAAACAUGGUGCUCUACCAGGAAGGAUCUGAGUUAGAUAGGCUCAGGCCACACUUUAAAAACCAAAAACCGGAAAGCGGGUAUUCUCGUUGGCUUAGGGUCAAAGCGGGUAAUGAACGUUCCUAUCUCCAACACAUCAAUUGUAUUCUUUUUCUGUACAACUCAGACUUUCCUCAGUAUUUGUGUUUUUACAUGUUAUGGUUAAUUUCAUUGAAGAAGAAAGGGCAUUGCAAAUUGUUCAACAACAAUUACCUCAUUGAGUGUGUCCAGUAAGUGCAGGAAGUGAUGGCUUCUCUAAGGAUUUGCUACUGGAGAGGAGAGAGCAAGUGUGUGCCAGAAAGAUGGAAUGCGUCCCAUUCUGUCUGCUCUUCUGCUCAGCCCAAAGGCGACACGUCGGCAUUCGAGGUGUAGCGGAAAAUGAUAUAUAUUUAUAAAUCUAUUUAUACCACUAUACCAUGUGUAUAUAUAAUAUAUUUAUAACCACUUAAAUUGUGAGCCAAACCAUGUAAAAGAACCCUCUUUUCCUAAUGGCCAAAAAAAAAAAAAAAAAUCAAACCCUUUCUGAGACUUUUCUUAAUUAGCACUCAAUGACCUCACAAUCACAUUGGCGAGCUUGGGGGGACCCCCUUGCUAUUGUAAGAGACCCUAAAACCUGGGUGCAAAGGUGGGGACUGCAUAACAACCAGGGAGAAAGAGACAUAUUGUUUUUUUUACUGUUAAGGACAAUCUAAGAUGGCUUUUUUGGGUUUGUUUUGCUGCAUUCUGAUGAUGUGGUCACACCCAAGUCGCAGAAAUAAAAAUCCCAUCGACCACUGUAACCUUUCUCUCUUCCUCUCCCUCCUUCCUAAACAACUGAUGUAUCACUAAUCAAUCUGGUUUACAUAGUCAGUAUUUUGGUCCGUGGUAACUCAUGUCAACCUGCAGAAGAGAAGAACAAAUUUAGGAUAAUCCAGGGAAACCUAAGAGCCUUACUGAUAGGUUCCGUUAAGUAACGAAACUGACAAUUUUUUAUGAUAUUUUUUUAUCAGUGUUUGACACACAGAGUCCUUAAUUGUAGGUAAACCAAAGCAUCACACUCUGACAUUGACACCAAAUACUUUCUAUUCCCAGUUACUCAUGUGUUUCUUUUUUUCCCCUUCGUGCUUUCUCAUUGGUGGGAAUUUUUACUGAAGUGGCUUGAGACUUCUUGAUUCUCUUUACCAUCUGACUUUCCCUCUGAGGCCUCUUACAUGUGAAUGUUGAGCCCACAAUCAACAGUGGUUUGGUUUUGUUUUUUUUCUUCUACUCAAAGUUAAAACCGACCAAAGUUAUUGGCUUUUUACUUUGCUAGAACAACAAACUAUCUUAUGUUUACGUACUGGUUUACAUUGUUAUUUAUGUGCAAAUUGUCAAAAUGUAAAUUAAAUAUAAAUGUUCAUGCU